GGAAACAGGGUCCAGUAAAACGACAUCUGAGUGAAUAGCAAUCCAUUUUUUGAGAUUUCAAUUUGAGGUCAUUUCGAUUCAUUCGCAGAUUCUAUAAAGAUAUUAGCACGAAUUGCAUUAGCAUUAGCGUUAGCCACAGCGAUAGCCUAACGGUCACAUUGAAAGGCCCGUUGGUCGUGCGUGUGUAAAAAUGGCAGAAACCGGACGAGGGAGCGCUUCGGCUGCGGCCUCUCGGGGAGGUUCUGGCGCUUCCUCUUCGGCUGCGGCCUCGCCCGACCUACCAGCGCAGCUGAACCCGGACAGCUGGAUCGGCCAGGGCGUAGAUGCCGUUAUGCGUGAAUGCCGUACCCGAGCGCAGAGAGGAAACUUUUUGUGGAAGAAAGGGCGCUCUGUCAAGGUGCAGGAGAUUUUGCAAGCGAUUGAUGAUCUGUGGGCUGAAGAGGAGGCAUCGAGACUGGAAGCUAAGUUUGCACACCGCAUUUCUCCAUUCGACGAACGCUGCCUAUGGGAUUCUGCGCUAAAUACUGUCGCUGAGUACAGUUUGUGUGAAGUGUCGUAUAUCUUGUUUGCACUUGUUUCGCGAAGUGUGCGAGAGAUAGAGACUCUUUGAAGUUCGCAUUUUUUAUUUACUCUUCCAUCAAGGUCACGAGAUUCACGACCAAAGGCAAAGAGGAGCUGCGAGGAAUACUCAUGCAAACUAAAACCAAGUUGAUUUUUGUUUUUCCAAACCAUCGAAGAAGCUUGUCCUCGCCUUGUCUUUCUAGGUAUGUCAAUGCGAAGCGGAAGAAGCACCAUUUCGAGUGGUUGACGGCCUACCUAGAACAACGGAAGAAAACAUCACCUGUCGGCGAUAGAAGCGGGAAGCAGAUUGCCGAUGAUAUAAUUCGCGUAGGUAUUCUCAACGAGAGAAUGGUACCUGCGAACCGGCUUGCUGUGAGCUUCAGAAACAACAGAAUCGUGAUCGACGACGCUUCAUUGGUCAUGCGUGACGCCCUCUACCCUCCAUGUUCGUAUCCCCCUCUCCUCUGGAAUGCGUUGUGUGAGGUAGGAAAGCUUGACGCAAAUACAGCGAAAGAGAUAGAAGUCACGGCGUCUUCAAUCAACGCGCGCAUGUGUCCGUCCAUCCCCAACAAGAACCGUAAACUGCGGACCUACUCACCGAUCUUCGCUGCGCUUUGUCGAGGUGAUUUUUCAACUGCUGAUACGCUCCUCCACUUUGGUGCCAAGCUGCACCUUGAGAAACCGACAGCCUGCGAUAUUCAGCUUCUGGGUGAGGUGCUGCUUUGUCUUUUUCAGUAUCGGAAUGCACCAGUAGCCAUCGACGACGAAGUUGCACAACGCGAACAGCGUCUGAUACGGGAUCGUUUUCGUACCGUCAUCAUGUAUCUGAUUGAAAAGGGUUGCGACACUGAGACGAAGGGCUGCGCGUUUCCGGACGUGAUGGCCCAGUCUGAAAAUGUCCUGCAGGAGCUGCUCGCCGGCCUGUCCAGUAACCUUCGCCGGGGUCAUUUCGUCUUCGUCGAUCUGCUAGACCUAGACGGAGAGUCGUCAACCGACGUGUUGGAACUCAUUGAGGACCUUUCUUGGUGUAUCAACGCUUUCAAGCUUGAUAUAAACGCCUUCGCUCGACCGCGCCCAGAAAACGCGACUCUGGCGACUCUCGUCGGGACUCAUCAGAGUGCUAUCAUCGAAUUGAUGAAAGCUGGGGCUCUCUGCCCGACCACUUUUGGUGGUGAGGUCAAUCUCGCUGCGCUCGCAGCAGAUGGUCAGAGCAUCCAUCACAACGUUACCGCGCGGAGGAUGAAACAGCUGACAACUUUUGCCACGUCCGCGCUUGCAGAGGCUGAGGCGAAGGGCACAAGUAAGAGCUCGACCUCUUCGAGCAGUACUGCGCUAGCUACAGGAGCAGACUCGCAAGUUGAAGCAACUGGAGAACUCGGUUUACCGACCAAGCAACGCCGGAUUGACUCUGCGAGUGCUGCCAGUAGCAGCAAAAUCGUGCCAACUGUCGACGAAGUUUUGCGCGCUUUACGCGAACGCCUCCGCAAGCUGCAGGACAGCGAAGUGAGAAAGCUGCGGGACGGCGAACGCUACUGCGAGAACAUGACAAAUGCAGAGAUCACCACUGGCAUCGAGGUGCAGAUUCGGCGCUUUUGCGGAAACGAGGGGGAGACUUUGCUUGGCAAUGGACAUCAGCCAAAAAACAAUCGCGGCAAUGCUUUGUUGCUCGUCUACCGGUAUUUGCACGCAUUUUGCCAUGCGGAAGACCCGAUCAUGAUGAUCUUCGGCGCGCUGCUGCAGGCGCAGAACCAGUAUGGGCCGAACAUGCAGACCUGCGACCCCAAGGUUUUGGUUCUGAAUUUGCUCGAGGGACGCGUGGUCGUACCCGACCCGGCGGACGCGGAACAGGUACCGAGCGGGCCGGACACCUACGCGAAAACGCUCAAGGAGCUGCAGACGCGGAACGUGGACCAAAUCAUAUCCGAGGGACAAGCGCGGCUCGCAACGCUGAACGAAAGCGAGUUGCUCCAGCAGAUCUAUGAUCUCAUUGUCUCUGGGGAAUCGCUGGACUACGCGAAAAACCGGCUCCGGGGUCUCUUCUUCACGCAGUUGCUCACGGACUGCGACCACGAUCUGGCCAAGUACACCAUUGACCUGGAAGACGACGAAGAGCCUCUCGGGUUCGUGCCCGACGGGGUGCAGCGCCUCCUGCGGGACGUGGGGGAAAUUUCCUGCAUAUUUACGGAGGAGUUUUUGAAGGCAAGCCAAAUGCAGGCGGCAUUCGCGCCGUUUUUGUGUGAAGGGGAGAAACAGAAGCCCGUAUAUGUUGCAGCGAAAGCUGGCGCAAACGCGUAAGAUCAGUCUCCGAAUCUGAGUGCCAAGAUCAAUCUCCAGUUGAUGCAGCCUGUAGAGGACUAGUCCCAAGCUGAAGAUGAAGACUUAGACAGAGGCACCUGCGCAGUUUUUGGUAGCUGCCGAUUACGACUGAUACAGGGACAGGCGUAUUAUUCUGCCUUUAGGCGAGGUUUGUUGAGCAUCUUCUAGAGGAGGCGUUACUGAAGGUAGGCGCCCGGACGAGUUCGACGUAGCCACUCCGAACAACCGGUGUCGUUUUUCUUCGUCUGCAACUGCAGCGCCCGGCUGUGCUCUGAUCUUUUUAGAGAUCUGUCUCGGAAGAGAAGACAAGAUGGAUCAAAAAGUCGCUGCGGUACCGUUCCCGAC